AUCAUUUGGAGUGUUGCUACUGAAGUUGAGUUUCAAUCUUUGAAUUGAGAUGAUAUAUUUGGGCUGCAAUAGACGGAUGAACGGAAUACUAAAACUUUAAUAAUUGCUUGUGCUUUUUAAAUAUAAACAAAAGAAGGAAAUACGAAUUAAAAUCAACCGGAAAUGACCAGUUUAAAAAAAAUUUUUGUACCCCCACCCUCUGAAAAAUGUACCAGAUGUUCGCAAAGGGUCUACCAGGUGGAAAAGAUUGGCCCCGUUAAUGAAGUCAUCUUCCACAAGCAGUGUUUCAGAUGUUGCCGAUGUGGUCAGCACUUGACGCUUAAAACUUAUUUCACAAAUUAUACGGACUUAACCGAUAAAGAGAUAUAUUGUCAAAAAGAUGCUCCGAAAGUUUCAGCGCACGGAUACGAUGCCAGCGCAAUGGGAAUUCGAUCCGCUCUGAACGUGCCCGGGGUGGUCCAACACAACUUGCACAUCCGAGGUACAGGUGACGCACCGAGGAUCGGUUCUGACGCUCUUCACAUCAGGGGGGCUCUGUCCGCGCAGAGUGCCUACCAGAAGAAGUACAGCACGAAAUAUGAUAAACAUCAUUUUCCGGCUUAUCUGGUUAACAAAGCAAAAGAAACGCUCUAUAAAUACCAAGAAGACCUCGAGAAACAGCAGAGAGAGGAAGAGGAUCGAUUGAUGUCAGAAAUUCAGAAGGAAAACAGAGCGGAAGUGGAGAACAUGGAAAAGGAGUUCAACCAGGAAUGGGAAAAGGAACUGGAACAAAUGGCUCGUCAGUACGAAAAGAAAGAAAAACAAAAUAUGUCGUCAGAUAAAUUUGAGAAGGAUAAAGCAGAACUGAAAAAAACAUUAACAGUUAAAAUGAUGAAGAAGAAGGAAGCCAUGAGUGUGAGAUUGCAGAGCAAAGCCCAACUGAAAACCGCCACCAUGGUGAAGAAACACAGCGAGGAAAUGUUGGCUCUCCUGAAAUCGAAACAAGAUGAAGUCAAGAAGGAACUUGAGGAAGAAAUUAGGACCGCGGUAGGAGAUGAGAUCGAACAGAAUCCCGAACUGAUAGAGGAGGCAAUGGCAGCCAUCGAGCUGAACACUGAGAGGCCAGACCCACACGCGCCCAGAAUAAGAAAGAGAGAUUUGUACAUCGACCCAUCUGUCUUCGUCGAACUCGAUGAAGAUGUCUUCAAGGUAGCAGAAUCUGAACAGAUCUCAUUCACAGAGCUUGUCAGGCAGUUAACUGAACAUUGUAUCAGUGACUUACAAAAAGCCAGAGCCAUCUUCCGAUGGAUUACCGUGAAAGACUUGAACGUUAUGGAGUUUGAUGAAAGUCUCACCAACGAUUCUCCUCUUGGUCUUCUCAAAGGAAUUAAAACUGGAACCGAAACUUAUCAGACACUUUUUAAAAGACUUUGCAGCUACGCCGGUUUGAUAUGCGAAGAAAUAAAGGGCCAUUCAAAAAGUGUUGGUUACGAACCUGGCAUGAAAAUAAAAGAAGAUACCUUCUUGAACUCCUGGAAUGUUGUCCUCAUCAUGGGAGAUUGGUGGCCUGUACAAUGCAAUUGGGGUGCUAGGCAUUUGGUGUUAAACAAAGACCAGUCAAACAGACAUUCAUCGGAGAAGAAAUCUGACAAGAUCCGCUACCAGUACGAUGAGCACUACUUCCUCACAGAUCCCGAUGAAUUCAUCCAGGAGUUCUGGGCAAAUGAUCCGGACUGGCAACUCCUUGAAAAACCUUUAACUCUUGAAGAGUUUGAGGCACAACCGUUCGUUCGAUCUGUCUUCUUUCACUACAACAUGGAGUUUGCAGAUGUCAUGAAGGCUGUCCUGCAUACGGAUAACAAGGGAGGGUCAGAAGUAAAAAUAAACGUUCCUGAAGAGUUGGCAGAGGACAUUGUUUUUCACUAUCAGUUGAGGUUUGCAGAUCGAGAAAGGAGAAAUGAUCUGGAGUAUAAAAAUAUCAAAAUUGAAAGAUUUGUUUUUCACGCGAUGUCUGGUACCACAGCUCUGUUCAGCGUUCACGUCCCAAUACCUGCCUCUUAUUUCUUAGAAAUAUUUGCUUACAAAAUUAACGAAAGUCACAAAAUUGGUGAGGAUCCGAACACGCCGAUGUCUCCCUUCAGGUUGAAAUGCGCUACAAAAUUCAAAAUAGUUUGCGAGGAACUCACUGGCAAAAUGCAUCCUCUACCGAACUGCGCCACAGGUGAGUGGGGCCCGAACAAAGCCAAACGACAUUUCAACAUGGCUCCUCUAACACAUCAAUCUGGAGUCAUCAAUUUGGAUAAUGACGUCGAGAUAAGAUUCCAAAUGCCGAGAGCGUUAACAUUUCUCUGCAAGCUGAGACUGAACAGCAUCGAAGACGCUUUGCUCGAAAAAUUCGUAACGAGUUCGGUGGUCGAUUCCAUACUGACGGUCCGCGUGUCUCCCCCACAACCAGGGCAGUACGGUUUGGAUAUUUAUGCUAAGCCUGAUGAUGCUUCUAGCAAUCAGCCACUGGCCCACGCAUGCAAAUACCUACUGAACUGCUCCAGGGUCAACCAUCCCAUCGAACUGACCCCCAGUGAAAAAACUGUUAUGAACGGUCUUACAUCUCUCGAGAAAAAAACAACUCCAUCAAAGGAACCUCAAAAAUCUUCCACGUUGCCAUCAAAACUUGGUCCUACUCCAGCUUUUGAUGAAUUCAAUUUGAAAUUAAACUCUCACAAAGAUCCGAUAAUUGAUAAAAUCGACAAAGGUGGAUCGGUAACUGUAGAGUUGGGCUGCUCUAACUCGACUACGCAACUAGUCGGUCAAUUAUUUUGCGAUCCAAACGAAGAAUGGAAUAACAAAGUAACGCUAAAGGAGGGCUCGAAGAAAUUCAAAUUCACCCUGAACCUUCCAAAAGAGGGCAUCUAUAGGUUUACGGUGCUGGCAUGCAAGAAGGAUCAACCAAUCAACAAAGCUAUUCCUGUCUACAUUUUCAAUGUAGUUUACUCUCUAGAUAAGAAGAAGGGUACUCUCAAAUAAUCCACAACUGUAACAUUACCAUAUAUUAUAAAACAUUAACCAAAUGUUGCAAAAAUUAUUAAAGUCAUCUGUAGCAAGUGAAAAUAUAAUAAUAAAAUCGUAUGUUGUUAUAAGACGUUAAGAGAUUUUUGUUAUUUAUAUUUCAUUUAAAAGUGCAUAUAUUGAACAAUUCGUUUUCUUUUUUUUAUUAAUUUUAUUCUAAUCAUAAUAACAUUUAAUGUUUCAACCAACACCACCGUCAUUAAAAUUAUCAUCAUCUUCUUCUUCAUUGUCAUCAUCUUCUUCAUCAUCGUCAUCAAUAGAAGCAUUAUCAUAUCAUCAUCACCAAUAUAUACAUUUGAUUGUAUGUUAAACGUUAUAUUUAGCCUAAAUCUUAAAUUCGUCCUAUCAAGAAGAAAAAUUACCUUCAUAUAUAAACAAUAAUUGUAUAUUUUAUUAAAUUAUUCGAUUAAAAUUCUUGUUAAUUUUUAUACGUUCAUGUUUUUACGAUUUUUUUUAAUUACCAAUUUAUAUUUAAUUCAUUUGUAUUCUUUAUUAAUAUUAAUUAAUUAAUUAUUAAUAUUAUGUAAUGAUUGUUUCUUUGUACUUCUAUGCACCCGACUUGAAAAUCAACUUUUUGUUAACUUUUUUUUAAAUUAAAUAAAAAAAUUAUUUCUUUU